AUGGAUAUCGUAUUUUUGCUGGUGAGGUUGAGAAAACAAGUCCAAGACACACGAUCCACGGCCCGGCACCAAGAUGCCGAGCUGGCGCAACACGGCAGACGGGCCUUUCGGGAAGGUGCAGGCAAGUUCCGGGCUUCCGAGGCACAAAGAGUGCAAGAGGAUGGAAAAAAAGACGCAGAUGAAGGUUUCCCAAAUGGAGAAGAAGAAAGGGAAAUUGCAAGAGGCGGAAAUGCGGGAGGGCGAGAUGGAAUGGGUGGAAGAAAGAGAGAGAGAGGGAGGAUGCAGUUGCGAGACAAGUCGGGGGUUUCUGUUGGCCGGAGAAGAGAGAAGCUGCCGGAAAAAGAGUUGAGAUGCCGUAAUAGAAUAAACAAAUGA